CCGAAAGGAGAUUAGCCAAGUAGACUCAGAGACGCAGAGCUAACGCCUCCCCUGGACAGUAGCUAGACAGAAAACGGAAAGCCAAUAAAAGAGAGAGAGAGAGACAGACAAGGCGAAGGACGAGAGGAGCUGCUACAGUAUGGGGGAGAGCUACAUGUACCAGAAACUCCCCUACACCAGAGGAGAGGAGGAGGGGGAGGAUGAGGACGAAGAGGAGCGAGACGGGAGGAUCAGAGAAAGUGUCGGGGGACAAAUGAUGCAGUGUGAGGAGGGCACCGAGUGGCUGCUGGAGUUGCUGACAGAUGUGCAGCUGCAGCAGUACUUACUGCGGAUCCGUGAUGAGCUCAACGUCACACGACUAUCCCACUUCGACUACGUCAAGAAUGAAGACCUGGAGAAGAUCGGCAUGGGACGCCCAGGUCAGAGGAGGCUUUGGGAGGCAGUGAAGAGGAGAAGAGCCCUUUAUAAACGCAAGUCCUGGAUGAGCAAGGUGUUUCCAGUGAAACGUCCCGACACUGACCCCCAGCAGCCCGUCCCUCAGGGGGCGUCGUCCAGCGCGGCACCAGCCAGUAGCGAGCCGGGAGCCUCGCUCACCUGCCUGAUCAGAGAGUCGGAGCUGCAGCUGUUCGAGCGGCUGGGAGAUGGCACGUUCGGGGUGGUACGGAGAGGAGAGUGGACCGGGCCCAACGGCAGAGUGUUGUCAGUGGCAGUGAAGUGUCUGAAGGCAGGCGUGCUGGAUUCAGACGGUCUGGAUGAUUUCAUCAGAGAGGUGAACGCCAUGCAUUCGCUGAGUCACCAGAACCUCAUCCGCCUGUACGGCAUCGUCCUCACACAGCCAAUGAAGAUGGUGGUUGAGCUGGCCCCUCUGGGUUCCCUGCUGGAUCGUCUGAGAAAGCGUCAGGGUCACAUCCUCAUCUCCUUUCUGUGCAACUACGCUGUGCAGGUGGCGUGCGGCAUGGCCUACCUGGAGCAGAGGCGUUUCCUCCACAGGGACCUGGCUGCACGUAACGUUCUGCUGUCCACCAAUGAAACAGUGAAGAUCGGAGACUUUGGCCUGAUGAGGGCGCUGCCAACACACACCGACCAAUACAUCAUGGAGGAGGGCCACAAAAUCCCUUUCCCGUGGUGUGCUCCGGAGUCUCUGAAGUCUCGCACUUUCUCCCACGCGUCUGACACCUGGAUGUUUGGGGUCACACUGUGGGAGAUGUUCACCCACGGACAGGAGCCGUGGCUGGGCCUUAAUGGGAGCCAGAUUCUCCACAAGGUGGACGUGGAGGCAGAGAGGCUGUGUAAACCAGACGACUGUCCUCAGGACAUUUACAACGUCAUGCUGCAGUGCUGGAGCCCCAAACCCGAGGACAGGCCGACCUUUGUCGCCCUCAGAGACUUCCUGCUCGAGACCAUGCCUACAGAUAUGAGAGCGCUGCAGGACUUUGAGGAGGAAGGCAAGCUCCAGAUUAAAAUGAACGACAUCAUCACCAUAAUAGAGGGGAGGGCAGAGCACUACUGGUGGCGAGGUCAGAACAGGGGGACGCUGCGUGUCGGCCAGUUCCCUCGUCACGUGGUGACGUCUGUCGCCGGUCUCUCCGCACACGACAUCAGCCAUCCGCUCAAACACUCCUUCAUCCACACUGGACACGGAGACACGGACCCUCACAGGAGCUGGGGACAUGCAGAUCGCAUCGACAGUCUGUAUUUGGGGAAUCCCAUGGACCCACCUGAUGUCCUUGGGAUAGACUCGGGCAUCUCGAGGCCGACCAAACUCCCCAACCGUGCCAAGAAGCAACCUCCUCCUCGUCCGCCUCAGCCGGCCGUUCUGCUGAAGAAGCCGUUCUACGACUCUGUGAUGGACGAUGACGAAGACGAUGACGACCUCAGUGCCUCGUCUGGGCUGAAGAGGCUGGGAGUGUCCCUGGGUCUGAAGCUCCGGCCGUGGGAGGGGUCCGGGAUGCGCACGGCCAAAAGCGAGGUGUCGCUCAUCGACUUCACCGAUGACAGCUUCAGCUCGACCACGCCCUCGCCGCUCACUGAGACGAGGCAGCCAGAUGAGGACACACUGAAGGACACUCCGUCCAUCCUGGACUGGCCCCUUCCUCAGCCAGCUUACGACGAGGUUACCGCGGAGCUCGAGGACCAAUCAGAGGACCAGGAGGUGCGGUCUAUCAACAAGGGAUUGACUGAAGAGACCGCGGUAACGCCCGGCGCCACCAUGGCAGGCAGGAGCGAGUCGCAGUCAGCUGACCUCUUCCAAGAACUGCAGAGAGAGGUGAUGGUGAAGCUGCAGGUUCCCAUGGCAACGGGCCGCUCCCUCCCCUCCUCCCCUCUCCCGUUGCCCCUGGCUCCUUUGGGCCCCCACCGACAGAUCUGUCUGCCUCCUCCUUCCCCUUCAUCCACCUCCACCUGCUCCUUCGCCUCCUGCUUUGAGGACCGCCCGGUGUUGCCUCCUCGCAGCCCCGUCCCCCCGCUGCGUCCCUCUAGGCACAAUCUCUCCACCCGCACCAACCACCCGCAGGCGCGCUCCAGCUCCAUCUCCCUGGGUGACCCAGAAGACACGCCUCCACAGAUCCCACCCAGAGACCACGCCUUCUCUCAGCCGGGCUCCCGCUCCUCCUCUCCCCUCCCACUGGUGCCGCCACUCUCUUCCUCCCCCGUGACCCUGCCCCCUCCUCCCCUCUCCGUCUCCCCACGCCGGGCGUCCGGACUCCUGGGUCCCCUUCUGUCCUCCAACUCGUCCACCUCCUCCCUGCCUCAAGUCACAUCGCAUUCCUCACGGCUCGCAGCUCGUGGUUCCUCCUACGCAUCCAGCUCGUUACUGGAUCCUUUGGCCUACCGUGAGGGGCGUGGCCUUUCCUCACUGAUUGACAGCCCCCAGAGCUCUGCUCCCACCCCGCUGCCUGAACGCCCAGCUUUUCUGGAAAGAUACGGCGCAGCCAACAUGGCGGCAGUCAAACCCAUGAUGCAGCAGCCCGGUGGAGCCAAACCAAACUCCUCCUACAACAACAACAACGGGCGAACUGCAGCUCCCAGCGUGCAACAGGAGCAGAGCAUCACACAGGUCCAAGGAGCAGUUCACGGUGUCACGCUGGAGGAGUGUCAGGCAGCUCUGCAGAGUCACAACUGGAGCAUCCCUCAGGCCAUAAAUCAUUUGAAGGUGGAGCAGUUGUUUUGUCUGGGUCUGCGGUCGAGAGCCGAGUGUGAGGAGCUUCUGCAGCGCUGCCGCUGGAACCUGGAGGAGGCCAGCACGCUCAUGCUGGACACAUACGGACCACAUCGAAGCAUGAAGUGACAGCAGGAGGACACGCUGAGCGUCAAUCGACUGUUGAAGAGCUCCUUUGGAUCAACACGUCCGUAAUGGAUGACUCACCACUCCAUGGACUCGAGACACAGUGAUGCUUUUUAAUGAAUUGAGGGACAUAAGGCAGUAUAUGUGCCUCACAAUGUACUGUGAAUAUAACUACCUGUGUCAUACACAUGCAUGGUCAUAUUAGCAAACAGCAGCGUGUUGAAUGAGUCACACCAUUUACUUGAACAAUUGCUAUUUAUGCUUUUGUAUUAUUAUAUAAUGUUGGGAAUUUA